AUGAUCCUUCUCAUCGUCAUCCUCCAUUUCAUCAUUAUCAUCGAAUGCUCGUAUUGUCCCAUCAAACAUAUUCAUUCUUCCACACCAACUACAGGAUUCAUCGAAUCCCCUGGCCACCCAUCGGCCUACUCCGCCCCACUGGACUGCGUCUUCAAUAUCACAACAGCCGCCUCUAACGUCAUCCAACUAUCAUUUGUGACAUUUGACUUGGCUUCCAAGAAUCAAUUGAGUGAUCAGUGUCUGGAUAGUUAUCUUCUAGUGGUUGUAGUCGAUAGACACGGAAGACAACAUGUUGGAGACCGUCUGUGUGGAAAUGCAGUACCCUCAUCGAUCAAUACAAUGCAGUCAUGGAUGCAAGUACAGUUUGUCACCACCGCCGCGAAUAACAAGCAUCGAGGAUUUAGGAUUCAGUAUCGUAUUCUUUCCGAGGCAGCCAUCCAGGAGCCGCUAUCAAUCCUAGGAGAGCCAAUGUUCAGUGGGUGUGGUGGACACUCGACACCAGGACAACUGUCGGGCGAGAUUCUAUCCCCCGGCUAUCCAUCAACAUAUCCAAAAAACUCGACGUGUAACUGGUUGAUUCGUGUGGAGGCCCGUCAGAGGAUCUACAUCCGAAUCGUUCACCUCCAUUUGGCACCAACGAUAGCCGAAUGUGAGAGGGCCUCAUUGACAAUAAUCGAUGGAUAUAAGCAUGAGAAUUUUGGAAACGAGAGGAAAGAGUCGACGUCGGAGACUUCGGAAGCAAAGUUUUGUGGAAGUCAACUGUAUUAUUCGGAGGAGGGAAUGAAGAGUUAUUUGUCAAGUGCAAAUCGGAUUGUGGUCAGAUUGGUGACACAGGAGGGACCAGCUAGUUCAAUGAUUGGAGAGGAGAGGAUCGGAUUUAAGGUUUGUAGAGGGGUCUAG